AUGACCUGCCCAUCUCUUGGUUCUCCUUUCGGGACUUGGAAGCAGGAUAGCGGAGCGGGCGCCAUUUACCAUGUCACCAUGUGUUCCUCCUCCGGCUCCCUCGAGCAGUGUCAACUGCUUAUUGAUCAGACGGGUACGAUAUUUGCAAUUCAGCAAGAGGUUGAAUGCAGUAUUGCGAAGCAAGCGCGUAUGGCAUCCCUGUCAACCAGGUUGCUGACUGCCAAUGCGAUCAACAGCGUAUGCCGCGAGAGGGCGCCUGUCAGCGAGGGCAUGAAAGCCGGCAGCUCCAUGUCAAGCCUUUGGGAUCGGCAUGUGAAUGCAACAUGCAGCCCGAUGCAGUCAAUGGCAUCCAACGACUAUCGUAAGGCGGUGCAAAAAAGCGCGAAGCCAAAGAAGAUUGCGGUGCGGGCUAUGGAAAAGGCCAUGCCAAUAAAGCAAUAUCGCGAAUGUCACCUCGAGCGAGUCAACAAGGGUCCUGUGAGGACCGACUAUUCCGAUGGCGGGGGGUUUUCUCAGCGGUACUUUCACGCGUAUUUCCACCAGUGGCACCAGCCCGUGGGUCGUGGGAACUGCCCAGUGGAAUCCCCCGGCCGAUAUUGUUCCACGAUUCAACCCCUUCGAACGAACUACCAAAUUGUCAGCCCGGUGAUGCAAAAAGGGCAGACGAUUAGGAAGCACGCCGCACGUGGGAGGGCACUUACGUGGACGGUGGGCAGAAAAGAAGAACCUUUUUCUCUUUCCCAAGUUCCCAAGCGGAGGAUUCCUGUCCGGCCGGGGGGUUCAAUGCCCGGAUAUAAGGAGUGGGACCCAAGGAUCACGGACGAAGCGCCCGGUAGGGCCAUGAGCGCCGAGGGGCCCAUGGUCGUGGAUGGACGGCAUGGGAGAGGACCAGCUUGA